AUGGACACACAAGCAGGAAUAUCUCAGAAGGACAUCUAAUGUUAUCCCUGGAUUGUGAAAUAAAAGAUGACGCCAGUAGACAGGAUUCUCCAGGAGCUAACCCCAUUACCCCAAUUAUACAUCCAGCUCUAUCAGCUGAUCCCUCUGAUCCUGGGAAAUGUUCUCCUGAUCACUCUGAUAUUGGUGCAUCUGUUACAGCUCUGAAAGUAGAUACAGUGUUUCCAUGUUCUAUAGAUGCCAAAUGUUUUACACAGAACACAAAACCUAUUAACCCGCACACAGUUAAGGCAGGUGAAAGGCCACUUAUAUGUUCUGAGUGUGGGAAAUGUUUUACAUACAAAUCAGAUCUUGUUAUACAUCAGAGAAGUCACACAGGUGAGAAGCCAUUUCCAUGUUCUGAGUGUGGAAAAUGUUUUGCAAACAAAUCAGAUCUUAUUAAACAUCAGAGAAGUCACACAGGUGAGAAGCCAUUUUCAUGUUCUGAGUGUGGGAAAUGUUUUACACGGAAAUCAUAUCUUGUUACACAUCAGCGAACUCACACAGGUGAGAAGCCAUUUCUAUGCUCUGAGUGUGGGAAAGGUUUUGCAAACAAAUCAGAUCUUGUUAAACAUCAGAGAAGUCACACAGGUGAGAAGCCAUUUCCAUGUUCUGAGUGUGGGAAAUGUUUUACACGGAAAUCAUAUCUUGUUACACAUCAGCAAACUCACACAGGUGAGAAGCCAUUUCUAUGCUCUGAGUGUGGGAAAUGUUUUGCAAACAAAUCAAAUCUUGUUAUACAUCACAGAAGUCACACAGGGGAGAAGCUGUUUUCUUGCUCUGAGUGUGGGAAAUGUUUUACACAAAAACCACAUCUUGUUAUACAUCACAGAAGUCACACUGGUGAGAACCCAUUUCCAUGUUCUGAGUGUGGGAAAUGUUUUACACAGAAAUCAUAUCUUGUUACACAUCAGCGAACUCACACAGGUGAAAACCCAUUUCCAUGUUCUGAGUGUGGGAAAGGUUUUGCACACAAAUCACAUCUUGUUAAACAUCACAGAAGUCACACAGGUGAGAAGCCAUUUUCUUGCUCUGAAUGUGGGAAAUGUUAUACACAAAAAUCACAUCUUGUUAGACAUCAGCGAACUCACACAGGU